AUGAAAUACAAAUCUGUUGAAGAGACAAUUGGAAAUGGUGCUUUCUUCCAAGGUUCAUAUCCAAGUCCAAAACAAUCCGCUCUGUUUUUAUCACAUCGGCAAAAUGGGAAUGUAUAUGUUCCUUCUUGGAAGAGGAUUUGUGUCAGUACCACUGUUGAAAAUUUCGAGCAGGAGAAGCAGUCUUCCAAUGAAUUCCUUCUUGAUGAAUGCCUCGUUGAGGUAUUCAAACAUCUUUCCAGUGGCCAAGAGAGAAGUGCUUGUGCUUGUAUUUCCAAGCGCUGGCUUAUGCUUUUAAGCAGCAUCCGCAGGGAUGAAGCAUUUGCCUUCAAGCCCAAUCUGAAUGCUGAAGAGGAAUCUACUCAGCGUACCCAAGUUAAAAUUGGUGAGAUUGCAGAAUCUGCUGGUGAAGCCACAGAUGUCAGACUUGCUGCUAUUGUGAUUGGAACUGCAAACCUUGGAGGCUUAGUAAAGCUAUCUAUAUGGGGAGACAACCUUUGUCGUGGUGUGACUGAUACUGGUCUCAAGGCUAUCGCUCGAGGUUGCCCUACUCUCAAACAUCUUUUCCUAUGGGAUUUGUCUUCUGUUGGUGAUGAAGGCUUAUCUGAGAUUGCUCAUGAGUGUCAUCUGUUAGAGAAGCUUGAUCUUUUCCAAUGCCCAACAAUUACUGACAAGUCUUUACUCGAAAUAUUUGCGGUGAACUGCCCCAAUAUGACCUCUAUAACAAUGGAUUCUUGUUCAAACAUUGGGAAUGAGUCUCUCAAAGCUGUCGGUCAAUAUUGCCUGAACCUGAAGCUUGUUAUGCCUGUGCAGGCUACUCUAUUGUUGCAUAUGGAGAAUGUGCUAAGUGAAUUGAGAUUGUGA